CGUUUACUCUAACUUGUAAGUGAAUUAUUCUCUCUUCUUUAAUUCUUCAUCCUUUUUUUUUGUUGUUCAAUUAUUUUCCCAUUUUUUUUUGUUUUCAAAUUGGACCAAUCCUCUGUACCACCUAUUUGCAUAUUAACUUCAGCCAUAUUUGAACGGUAGCUUCAAUUUCUUUUGGGCUCCAACGACGUUAAAAUCUAUGAAUUUUCUUGUCUUAAAAUGGUUUCUCUAUCUGGGUCACCCCAGAUAUUAUCCCAGGUAAUAAACCCAUUUGAAGCCUAUCAUUUCUUAAUUAUUAUGUGAAUUGUUGUUUUUGAAUUUAGUUUUCCUCCCCCUUUUUGGUUUGGAUGUUGCUUGGAUUGACUAAAAUUGUGAUGUUCUAUCUGCGUUUGUUUGGGAUUUGGUAAUGGGGGUUUGUUAAUUUCUUAAAUAUGUUGUGAAAUUAUGUAGAUUUUGUUGGGCGGAAGAUGUUGUCCAAAGUGGACUCUAGAAAGAAACUAGGAGAGGAUUCAGGUUCUGGGAAGCUAUUGAAUGAUAUUGAAACUAUUAGUAAAGCCCUACAUUUGGAUAAAAACUUGCCCAGGAGUAUGCUUUCAACAGUUAGUAGUCGCUCCAAAUCAGUUGGAAAAGUACCAAUGCCUGAAUCCAAGCCUAAGGGCAAACAUGAUAAAAAGGAUGCAACGGAUAAGGACAAGGAUAAGAAGUCUAUCUGGAGUUGGAAGGGUUUGAAGGCUUUGACACAUGUUCGAAACCGCAGGUUCAAUUGUUGUUUUUCUCUCCAAGUUCAUUCCGUUGAAGGUUUGCCGCCCCUGUUUGAUGACCUUAGUCUUAUUGUGCACUGGAAGAGGCGCGAUGGUGAAUUGAUGACGCGUCCCACUGCGGUUAUUCAAGGCAUGGCAGAGUUUGAGGAACUGUUGACUCAUGUGUGCUCAAUACAUGGUAGUAGGAGCGGGCCUCAUCAUUCUGCCAAGUAUGAGGCAAAACAUUUCCUUUUGUAUGUCUCUGUGUAUGGGACUCCUGAGCUUGAUUUAGGGAGGCAUCGGGUUGAUCUCACGAGGUUGCUCCCCCUGACGUUGGAGGAACUAGAAGAGGAGAAGAGCUCUGGGAAGUGGACAACUAGUUUUAAAUUGUCGGGUAAGGCUAAUGGAGCACAAAUGAAUGUCAGCUUUGGAUAUGAAAUUAUUGGGGAUAAUAAGAAUAAGGAGUUGUCUGAGUCACAGAGCUUUAUGCAGUACAGUGCAAGUACGAGGAAAGCUUUGGUGCAAAAUGAUCAUAAUCAUGAGCUGAGCUCUAUACGUCGAACUGGAAGUCUCCCUGCAAGGACUUCAAUUUCUCAGAAGUCUACAGAAGACAUAAAAGAUCUUCAUGAGGUUUUACCUGUACCAAAAACUGAACUUUCUGAUUCAAUAUCCUUGCUGUAUGAAAAACUUGAUGAAGAAAAGUUAAAGACUGCAACUGCACCUGUCAAACCAGAGGUUGAUAUUUUUCACAAUCCUCCUGAGCCUGUAAAGGUAGAUUUGCAUUUGGCAUCUGAUGCUGCCCAGGAGACUGAAGAAAAUGAAUUUGAAGUUAAUGAGUAUACCAUAACAGAUAAGGGGGCAGAGUUGUCCAUUAAUGUCCAGGAAAAAGCUAUAGAGGACCCCGAAAAGGUUUUGCCUGAUUGUGGAGAAGAAGGUAUUGAUACCAGUGUUUCUCAGGUUCUGUCUACUGAAGCAACCACUUACCACUCCACAGCCGAGGAUCAGGGAGAAGAGCGCUUGAGAAGUGACUCCACAGCUGAAGAGACUAAUGUCACCACCAAAGAAUCACUUUUGCAAGAUUUGGAGUCAGCUUUGAGCAAUGUCUCUGCUUUAGUCAAAGAGGAAUCAGAUUCCCAAGACGAUGAAGGUGAAAGUUCAACCUCAUUGAAUCACGUGGAGCUUCAAUCAAGUUCUGAACAACGUAGGAAGGGGAAAUCACUCAGUUUGGACGAUGUUACUGAGAUUGUAGCCAGUGAUUUCUUGGACUUGCUAGGUAUAGAGCAUAGUCCAGCUGGUUUGAGUUCCGAAAGUGAGCCUGAAUCUCCACGGGAACGCCUCCUGAGACAAUUUGAGAAGGAUACUCUAGCCAGUGGGUGUUCUUUGUUUAACUUUGGUAUUGACGAGGAAGAGCCAGAGUUACAUUAUGAUGCUGCUGCCGAGUCAGAGUGGCGUGCGUUCUCCAGAAAUUUCGACUCUUCUUCUUAUGCAUAUUCUUCUGAAGCUGUUGGGCCUAAGUUCGAAGCAGAAUCAAUGACUCACAAAAUAAGAGCCUCUACGUUGGAGGACUUGGAGACAGAAGCACUGAUGCAUGAGUGGGGCCUCAAUGAGAAGGCCUUUGAACAAUCUCCACCUAGUAGUGCUUCAGGAUUCGGGAGUCCAAUUGAUCUGCCACCUGAAGCUUCCUACCCUCUUCCGCCCCUUGCAGAAGGCUUAGGUCCCUUUGUUCAGACCAAAGAUGGAGGAUUUUUGCGCUCCAUGAAUCCUGCACUCUUCAGUAAUGCGAAAAGUGGGGGAAGCUUGAUUAUGCAAGUGUCCAAUCCAGUAGUGAUGCCUGCAGAAAUGGGAUCUGGGGUCAUGGAUAUUCUGCAGCAUCUGGCCUCUGUUGGAAUUGAAAAGCUCUCCAUGCAGGCAAACAAAUUGAUGCCUUUGGAAGAUGUAACAGGGAUGACAAUGCGGCAAAUUGCAUGGGAAGCGGCGCCAAGUUUGGAUGGACCUCUGAGGCAUGAAUUCGUCCAACAUGAAUCUGGCACUGGAAUAAGUAUAUCUGGUGAGCAGGAAAGAAAUAAGGCAAAAACAUCGCGAUCUAGGGACAGUAAGUUGGAUAUGAACGCAACCCGUAAUAGCAUUGAUUCUGAAUAUGUACCCCUGGAGGAUCUUGCUCCUUUGGCUAUGGAUAAGAUUGAAGCCCUUGCAAUGGAAGGGCUAAGAAUACAAUCUGGCAUGUCAGAUGAGGAUGCUCCCUCCAACAUCAGUCUGCAAUCAAUUGGUGAAUUUUCAGCUUUUGAAGGGAAGCGGGACGGGUCAGAUGGAUCCCUUGGUCUUGAAGGUGCUGGAGGAUUACAAUUGCUGGACAUUAAGGAUAACGGCGGUGGUGUCGAUGGAUUAAUGGGUUUAUCAUUGACCCUUGAUGAAUGGAUGAGGCUGGAUUCUGGUGAAAUUGAUGAUGGGGAUCAUAUCAGUGAGCAAACAUCUCGAUUACUUGCAGCACAUCAUGCUACAUCCCUGGAGUCUUUCCGUGGAAGAUCAAAGGGAGAGAAGCGAAAAGGCAAAGGUCGAAAUUGUGGUUUGUUGGGAAAUAACUUUACUGUUGCUUUGAUGGUACAGCUUCGUGACCCAUUGCGGAAUUAUGAACCUGUUGGUACACCAAUGCUUGCACUCAUCCAAGUGGAGAGAGUAUUUCUUCCUCCAAAACCAAAAAUGUACUGCACAGUUUCCUUAGUCAAGGACAGAAUUGAAGAAGAUGAUGAGACUGAGCCAGCAAAAAAGGACCUCAGCAAUGAGGAGGUCAAAGAAGAAGAACUUCAUGAAGAUGAGAAGGUUCCCCAGUUCAAAAUAACUGAAGUACAUGUUGCAGGCUUGAAAACUGAGCCUGAUAAAAAGAAGCCAUGGGGUUCUAAGACUCAACAGCAAUCUGGGUCUCGUUGGUUACUCGCCAAUGGGAUGGGGAAGAAGAAUAAACAUCCACUCCUGAAGUCCAAAGUUGGUGGUAAAUCAUCGUUACCCACGCCCUCCCAGGAGUCUACUACAUCUCAGCCACAGCCAGGUGAGUCUUUGUGGAGCGUCUCUUCUCGGGUUCCAAAAUGGAAGGAACGUCACUCUUCAAAUACACAUAUCCGGAACCCUAAUGUGAUCUUCCCGAAUGAAACCAUGAGGUUACGUUAGCAGCAUGGUUUUGCAUAAGGAUGUAUAAAAUGAUGUAAUCAGAUUGUAAAUCUUAGUGGGACUAGUUCAAGUCUUCAAGAUAUCCUUUUGUUACACUUUGUUUUGAAUGUUUAUACAAAAAUCUACCAACGCCAAGAGAAAUGUUAUUGAGAAUCUUCAGUGAGUGAAACGCUUGUUUAUUUUUGGAAUGAAGUACCUUUAGCAGUUAAGAUUGAAGAUCUUGCAUUGCAAUAUCUUUAGCGUAUUUCAUAUUGGAUUUCACUAGGCAAAUUUAGCUUUGGUUUUGAGAUUGUAAAAUAAAUACUUUAAGAGUCC